AUGAUUGGAUUUUGCGAGCGUCAAGCCAAGGUGGGGCAAGAAAGCUCAGACGUCGCAAACUUUGGAGAGGAAGAUUUGAUUGCGUUACCAGACUUUUCUCUGCUUAGAGAGGAAAACCUGACCGGGAUACCAAGUCCGGAUUCCGUGGCGGACUCACCCUGUCUGCGGCCUAGUCUCAGUAACGGUCACUGCGCCAGGGAGGCGACAACCUUCACUUUCCCAGUACAGGGGGAUCAGCGGGGAGUGCCAGAAGUGAAAACGGCAAACCCGUUUUUUCAAAGAACACGACUUGAGAAGAGGCUAAUUAUCUUGGCGGUUAUCUUGGCAGCAUGCUCUGUCACAAUGGUCACAAUCCUCUUUGUACAAUGGCAUACAAGGAGAAGUGAGCAAUCUCACACUUUGCGGCACCAACAAUACAACGUCAUUGAGAGCUUUGAUAUGUCAGGUAUAAAUCAAAGGAAUAGCCUGUCUCAAAGCACGGAUGAAUGCACGGAAAUAUGCACGUCACCAAACUGUGUCGCAUCAGCUGCUCGACUGAUUUCAAAUAUGGAUCCACAUGUGGACCCCUGCGAAGAUUUCUAUGAAUAUUCAUGUGGAGGUUGGCAUAGAUCAAACGUCAUUCCUGAAGACGACUCGCAUUAUGCUGUUCCUUCACAACUUAAAAAGAAUUUAGAAAUACAAUGCAAAGAACUGAUUGAAAGGACGCCACCACCGUCAGAAACAGAGGCAAUCAGAAAAGCAAGAGAUUUUUAUAAGUCAUGUAUGAACGAAGAGGUACUAACUCAAAGAGGGAUCGAACCUCUGACAGCCCUUAUUCGUAAGCUCGGAGGAUGGCCGGUUCUCAACGAUGGUGUUUAUGAUGAGCGAACAUGGAGAUUAGAAGACGUCCUUGCUACAUCGCGGAUGAUACUCGAUCGCAACUUUCUGUUCUUUAACCGAAUUUCUGUGGAUGCAGCCGACUCCAAUUCACAUAUUAUGACGUUUGACCAGCCAAAUCUGGGCCUACAAAAUCGUGAUUAUUACCUUAGAGGCAAUUCAAUACAGGGUUUGAAAGCAUAUGAGAAAUACAUGAUAGACAUGACACUCUACGUUCGAGGAGGAAAUGAUGUAGAAAACGUCACAAGCGAGAUGCAAGAAGUCCUGGAAUUCGAAAAGAAGAUGGCUAACAUUUCUAUGACCCCAACCGCGAAAAGAGGAGCUCAAUUAUUAAAUCAGAAAGUCAGUGUAUCGUAUCUCAAAAGAAGACUUCCUACAAUUGAUUGGACUAGAUAUUUUCAGCUAGUUUUGAAUAAAACUGAUAUCGAUCACUCGAUGGAACUAGUAGUCUAUUCACCACAAUAUUUACUGGGGCUAAAUCGAAUUGUACAAGAAACGCCGAACAGGACAAUUGCAAACUAUCUAGUAUGGCGUGCUGUCAUAUAUACAAUGGAUCUGAUGAACAGCAAGGCUCGUUCAAUACGACAGACGUUUCACAAGGUCGUGAGUGGGGAAAAGAGGCAGCCUGCAAAAUGGAAACAAUGUAUUGAAAACACGAAUUCGUACAUGUCCCGUGCGUUGGGGGCGCUCUUUGUGCUAGAGAAAUUUGACGUGGAGAGCAAGAAAACGGCAUUGACGAUGAUUGGUCAUUUAAGGAACACCCAAUAUAAUAUUCUUAACACAACAGACUGGAUGGAUGACGUAACAAAACAAAAAGCAUUACAAAAGGCUUACGCAAUAAGGGAACAAAUCGGAUACGAGGAAAAAUUAUUAAACUUUACAUAUCUUGAUGGGGUCUAUGAAAGAAUAAAUAUUACCGUGGAUAAAUACUUUGAGAACGCUGUCCAGAUCAUGUCAGAACACGCACGAAAACUAUUUGCCAAACUUGAUGAAAAAGUAGAUAGAUACGAGUGGUCUACCGUUCCUUUGGUUGUAAACGCCUACUACCAAUUUUCCAGUAAUGUAAUCACUUUCCCGGCAGCUAUUUUGCAGCCACCGUACUUCAGCAGUCGACAUUCGAGAUCUAUGAAUUAUGGUGGAAUAGGCGUAGUCAUCGGACAUGAAUUAACGCAUGCAUUCGACGAUAAAGGACGUCAUUUUGAUAUUGAUGGAAAUUUAGGUAUUUGGUGGACGAAUUCGUCGAGCGAGUCAUUUCGGAGAAAAACACAAUGCCUCAUUGAUCAGUAUUCCAGCUAUCAAUAUGAAGAUCUAGGAAUGAACAUUGAUGGCUUGCGGACUUUGGGAGAGAAUAUUGCUGAUAAUGGAGGAUUAAAAGAGGCUUUCAUGGCCUACAGACAUUCUGUCGAGGCAAUGGGAAAGGAGGAACCUUUACUACCCGGUAUCAACCUCACGCAUAACCAGAUUUUCUUUCUAAGCUUUGGUCAGCUCUGGUGCGGACUACAUCGAGAUCAAGAUCGAAUUAAUGGCCUAAAAAACGACUACCACUCACCUCUAAAAUUCAGGGUAUGGGGAUCUGUCAGCAAUUCUGAAGACUUUGCCAAAGCAUUCAACUGCCCUGUCGGAUCGCCCAUGAAUCCAAGGAAUAAAUGCGGGGUCUGGUAACAGAGCUGAAGUCAGUCAGAUCGUUAAUAUGCCCCACUUACACCAAGGACACCGACUCAAGAGCGAUCGAAUUAUUACGUUAUUUCGAAUGGAAUAUCGUCGGUCGAUUUGUAGCAAGUUUUGUGGGUGAGACUUUAACCUUACAUGGAAGUAACCUUGGAUAGAGUGGCUACAAAAGACUUUUCUUCCUCCCAGAUAAAGAUACUACAGGGGAAAAAUUGUAUGAAAUGCAUGUCUUGGAUGACAAUGCAAAAGAGAGAGACCUAGAGGGGGUGAGAGAGAAAGAGAGAGGGGGAGGGGGAGCGGGGGGGGGGUACUAGGAAGGGAGAGAGUGGAGUAUGUGUGUGCGUGUUUAUGUGGUAUGGGUGUGAGAGAUUUGGAGACAAAGACAGCCAGAGCAGAGAGUGAGAGACAAGGAAAGGCAGCGAUGUGUGUGUGUGUGUGCUUGUAUGUGGGUGGGUGGGGGGGGGGGGUUACAAGAAUUUAUGGACAGAAGUAUAAUGGCUGAGAAAUUCACUAUUUCAAACUUUACCAGUUCGAUUCACCAAGUUUAGAUGGUUCUGAAAUUCAUCCACCCUGGGUCCCGUAACACAAAGCUUAGAAAUCAUCGAAGAACAUUUGUUUUUUUAUAGCAUUGAUCAAAAUGUACAAUUAAUCGUAAAAAUCAAUCGCUAGCCUUUGUGUUACGCAACCCUAAUCUCUGAAGUUCCGUUUGAUAUGGGUGCUUUAGGGGCGGCGUUGAACAGUGACUGCCCCGGUGAUUUUUAUUUUUUGGAAAAGUGGAAAACGGAUGAGGGAAAUAUGGAAAAAAUACCCCCUCAAAAUAAGUAUCACCUUGGUUUAUCUCCCACCCCCCCCCCCCAUUAAAUUGAUCAGACGUCGCCCCAGCGUGUGCACUGUGCUUAGGAUUAGCAAUACCUAGGAAUGCAUGAUACGCGCUUCUAGGCUUAACAUGGAUUCAAUUUCAUUGCUGAUUUAUCAAGUUAUGACAACGAUAAACUAUACAAUUGAUGUACAUUUCAACAACAAAAACGCCACGUUUUCUACCUUUUGUUAUAGAUUUUGUAUCAUGAUUGUACGUUGUAACGGUUUUUUGUGUCAUUCGGUUAUAUCACUGUAUGACUAUUGUCUACUCUAGCACUUGUUUUAAGCACUUUAUUUCAUAGCAAGUUCCUAAUUGUAAUUUCCUGAAACUGUCACUAAAGUUUAGUACCUGUUGUUGAAGCAAACAAUGAUAUCAUAGUAGAUCAAGAUGUGGUUCAUUUACAUAAACCGAACUCUGAAUCAAGUAUAAUCUAAGCAGAUAAUUCACACUUGAGAAUGAGAUCGCCAAAACAGAUACACACAUGUGGAUCAUUGUGUUACUAUUGCUUUGAAGAAAAAUGCUCGCCGCCGCCCACCGAGCUGCUAAUUUUGUCAAUUUAUUUGUUAUUAGCAAUUACACAUUUUCCUCCAAUAUCAUUUGGCACAUAUUUAUUAUUUAAGAUUGAAACCAUUGGGUGAUCAAUGAAUGUUAUUAGGUUAUUUAAUUUCAAGAUGUUUACCACAACUUCCGUUUAAUAAUAAUGUCCAAAUGGCUCCACCCCACUUCUCCCUAUUACAAGGAGGCUUAUCUUCAGUACCUCGUUAAGUAUCUAAUCACAUGUAUUAUAUCAAUUUGUACAUUUGUAUAUUCAGACUGUAAAAAUAGUGCGUAAAGUUCUAUAUCGAAUAAGAAUAAUAAACACUUGAUUGAAUUGAAAUUGUGUAAUAUUAAACUGGAAAAUAUUUAAAGCGAAGUCACAUUUUAUGUCAAUUUUUAUACUUUUCAAUAUUGACCAUAGCAUGGAUAUGCUUAUCUUCUAUGGCUGAAUAACUUAUAUUUAGAAUCCAUUUAAAAACAUUAUUAUGGUUGUUCUAACUUAAUAAUGAUUUCUGGAGAAACUUGAUAAUGAUUUCUGCAAAACUUUGUUAGAAAUAAGCAUAUUGUAAAUUGAAUAAAUCAGGAUUUUAUUAC